AUGUGUGCUGACCCAUGUGUGCUGACCCAGACCAUGUGUUCUGACCCAGACCAUGUGUGUGUCCUCCAGGUGUCCAUGGUGCCUGAUGGUCCCUUCCCCACGGUGGACGUCCCUGACCACGCCCACUACACCAUCGGCUCCAUCAUCCUGGCCAUCGGCAUCACGGGCAUGGUGGGAAACCUGCUGGUCAUCUACGCCUUCAGCAGGAGCCGUAGCCUGCGUACUCCUGCCAACACCUUCAUCAUAAACCUGGCCGUCACAGACCUCCUGAUGUGUGUCACUCAGACCCCUGUGUUCUUCACCACCAGCAUGCACAAGAGGUGGAUCUUUGGAGAGAAAGCCUGUGAGUUGUAUGCCUUCUGUGGAGCUCUGUUUGGGAUCUGCUCCAUGGUCACACUGACGGUGAUCGCGGUGGACCGGUACUUUGUGAUCACGCGGCCCCUGACCUCCAUCGGGGUCCUGUCCCAGCAGAGGGCCCUCCUCAUCCUCUCAGCCGCCUGGGUCUACUCCCUCGGCUGGAGCCUGCCGCCCUUCUUUGGCUGGACUGACAGAGAACCUGACAGAGAACCUCCAGAGAAACUGACAGAGAACCUCCAGACAACCUGA